UGCGCCUCAGUGCCAGUGUAAAGUCAGCCAGCCAGCAUUAAACCGACAAAUAACAUCAGGGGUCUCACAAUCUGCGAAAUUAAUAAUCACUUACGGCAGUCCUGAGCUCCUCCUUCAGCCCACGAUUGUUCUUCUAUCCAGCUCAGGAUAAGCUGAAGAAUGGACCACCUAAGGAAAGCGACCGUGUUCCUGGGGUUCAUAAACUGGCUUUGCUUGGUUUCAGCAGUAAAGCUAUCAGGAAGUGAGGUCAUCAACCUUGGCCACAAAUCAACAGCCUGGGAGCCUUUAAUGAACAUUACUGCAAAUCUCUCCUCCAUAUCCAGCAUCACCUCCACCUUUGAGUUUCGAACCCUCGAUCCCGAGGGCAUCAUCUUCUACGGAGACACCAAAGAGGGCCAAGAUUGGUUUGUUCUUUCCCUCCAUGAUGGUGUUCCUGAAGUGCAGAUCGGUAAAGCGAAUAUAUUGGUCAGUGUGAAAGGAGGACCGAAACUGAACGAUGGCGUUUGGCACAAGCUGGAGCUGCGCAGCGAGGGGAAGUAUGUGGUUGUAGAAAUCAACAACAAGGUGGAGCUGGUGGUGGGAAUGGAGUCGGAUCAGACGGACGACGUGAUGACGGGGAAAAUACGCCUGGCUCUCGGAGGGAUGCUGGUGGAUCAGAGCAGGCUCCUGCAUCCUUUUAAACCUGAGAUGGAUGCAUGCAUACGGGCAGGAAACUGGCUGAACCUCAGCGCUCCCUGGGACGCAAAGCCGGACUGGAAACCGUCACCUUGCUUUCCGGAGAUCAAGAAAGGCAGCUACUUUCCUGGAAGUGGAUUAGCUCUGUUUAAUACAUCUGAUCUUCCUGGAGUGGAGACAGAAGAGAGAGGAGUUACGAUUGAGGUGCACGGAUCUUGGCAUGGAACCUUGUUGAGUCUUCACAGCCUCGAUCUCCAGUACAUUCUGCCCAGGGAUAAGGAAGAAUCUGGUUCGAGCAACACUGCUGUCUUCACCAAGCUGACGCUGACUUUACUGGAACAUUCCCUGGUGUUAAACGGUGAGACAGAGCUGGAGAACCAAAACAUCAACUUCCUCUCAAGGUGGAAGGAAGGGAUGAGUUUGGUGUUCGGUGGAGUUCCAGGUGAGACCGAGGACUCGACAAAGCCGCACCGUCUCCAGGGCUGUUUGGAAAAAAUCCUGAUUCAGGGACAAGACAUCGAUCUCGAUCGGGCUUCCUUCAAGCACACGUCUAUCUCAUCACACAGCUGUCCUGUAAAAACAGUGAAUGAACUGAUAGAAAGUUAGUAAGUCAGGGUUGUUGUUUUAUUUUUAAUAUCAUGGUAUGGGGCGUGGCCACACCUCCACCAAUCAGCUUCCACCAAAC